AUGGCUCUCCCACCCAAGUGGUAUCAGUUUUUAGUGAGUGUCUUCGCAUCGCUUGGGUCUUUACUCUAUGGAUAUGACCUGGGUGUGAUUGCCGAAGCUAUCGCAUCGCCCAAUUUCACAAACAAGUUCAAGGCCUCUGACAAUGAAACUGGUGCGGUGGUAUCAGUGUUCACCGGUGGCGCUUUCUUUGGCGCUGCCUUUGCUGGUCCGCUCGGAGAUAUCCUUGGUCGGAAGAAAACUAUCUUGCUUGGAGCACUCGUGUUCUGUCUUGGUGGAGGGUUACAGACAGGUGCUCGGGAUUUAGCCUACCUAUAUGCCGGCCGUGCAAUUGCUGGGCUGGGUGUCGGUGGCCUUGUCAUGAUUGUACCUCUCUACCAGGCAGAGCUCGCACAUCCAAGCAUACGUGGACGGGUCACAGCUCUUCAGCAAUUUAUGCUAGGCGUUGGCUCUCUUGCUGCAGCCUGGAUAUCAUACGGCACCUAUGUUGGAUUUGCUGAUGACAAUUCCGCCCAAUGGCGACUGUCUCUCGGAAUCCAAAUCAUCCCCGCUGCAAUUCUGGCGCUUCUCAUUCUCCUUUUCCCAGAAUCUCCCAGAUGGCUCAUUGACCAUGGGAGGCCGGACGAAGGUCUUCGAACGCUCGCGCAGCUCCAUGCUCAUGGAAACGAAAACGAUGCCUGGGUUCGGGCUGAGUUUGAACAGAUCCAAGAAGCCAUCACGUUCGAGCACGAACACGAAGCCAAGUCCUAUACCGAGCUCUUCACUGACCGGUCGUGUUUCCGAAGGCUCUUCCUAGCUUGCGCCCUUCAAGCUUCCGUCCAGAUGACGGGGGUCUCUGCAAUCCAGUACUUUUCGGUCACGAUAUAUGGGCAAAUGGGUAUAGCGGGAAAUGAUACUCUAAAGUACCAAGCCAUUAGUUCAGUGAUCGCCCUCAUAGCGCAAUUUCUCUGCAUCCUCUUCAUCGAUCAUACCGGUCGACGCUGGCCUUUAAUAUUUGGAAACUUGGGCAACAUGGUUACCUUCAUCAUUGCAACAAUUCUGCUGGCCAAAUUUCCCCCAGGCGCUACGCACAACAAUGGUGCGUCGUGGGGCUUCAUCGUCAUCACCUGGAUAUACAACUUCUCUUUCAGCGCGACCUGCGGGCCAUUGUCAUGGAUCAUACCUGCGGAAGUCUUCGACACGCGAACACGGUCCAAAGGUGUCUCGAUUGCCACUAUGACAUCUUUUGCCUUCAACACCAUGAUCGGCCAGGUCACAAAGCCCGCCAUGACGCAGGUUGGAUACCGUUACUACUUCCUCUUCAUUAUUUGCAAUCUGACAAACGCCCUGUUCUUCUGGGCUGUGCUGCCUGAAACCGCGAAACGACCCUUGGAAGAAAUGAACUACUUGUUCACGAAUGCGCCACUCUUUGUCCCGACUAUGAAGAAGGAGGAUUACAUGACGGAUGACCUUCUACACCGCGUUGAAGAGGUGGAGAGGAAGCAG